CGGGCAGCGGCGGCGGCGCGAGCGGCCAUGGAGGCGGGCGCCGGGGCCGGCGCGGGCGCCGCGGGCUGGAGCUGCUCGGGCCCAGGACCCACAGUGACCACUUCAGGCUCCUGCGAGGUGUCAGAGGGUUGUGAGAGGAAGAAAGGCCAACGCUGGGGGUCCCUGGAACGGCGGGGGAUGCAAGCUAUGGAGGGGGAAGUGUUACUCCCAGCUCUCUACGAGGAGGAAGAGGAGGAGGAAGAAGAGGAAGAAGAGGUGGAAGAAGAGGAUGAUCAAGUGCAGAAAGGUGGCAGCGUGGGCUCCCUGUCGGUUGGCAAGCACCGGGGCCUGAGCCUCACGGAGACGGAGCUGGAGGAGCUGAGGGCUCAGGUGCUGCAGCUGGUGGCAGAGCUGGAGGAGACCCGGGAACUGGCAGGGCAGCACGAGGAUGACUCGCUGGAGCUGCAGGGGCUCCUGGAGGAUGAGCGGCUAGCCAGCGCCCAGCAGGCAGAGGUGUUCACCAAGCAGAUUCAGCAGCUCCAAGGUGAGCUGCGGUCUCUACGGGAGGAGAUUUCCCUGUUAGAGAGUGAAAAAGAAUGUGAACUUAAGGAAAUAGAACAGGAGUUGCAUUUGGCCCAGGCUGAGAUCCAGAAUCUGCGGCAAGCAGCGGAGGACUCUGCGACUGAACAUGAGAGUGACAUAGCCUCCCUGCAGGAGGAUCUCUGCCGGAUGCAGAAUGAACUCGAGGACAUGGAGCGCAUCCGAGGAGAGUAUGAGAUGGAGAUCACCUCCCUCCGUGCAGAAAUAGAAAUGAAGAACUCUGACCCAUCUAAUAGUUUAAGUCUCUCAGAUUUCUCUGAGAUGCAAGAAGAGUUGCAGCAAUUGCGGGACCGUUACUGCUUCCUGAAUGAGGAGUACCAGGCCCUUCAGGAGAGCAACAGAAGCCUCACAGGACAGCUUGCAGAUCUGGAGAGCGAGAGGACACGAAGAGCAACAGAAAGGUGGCUGGAGUCCCAAGCACCACGGAGUAUGAAGUCAGCAGAGUCUCAGACUGCAGAAGAGGAUUUCCUGGAGCCUGAUCCUGAAAUGCAUUUGUUGCGCCAGCAGCUGCUGGGAGCUGAGGAGCAGAUGCAUGACAUGCAGAACGAGUGUAAGAAAUUGAGUUGUGAGUUGCAAGAGCUACAGCAUCAUCGCCGGACCAGUGAGGAGGAGCAGAGGCGGCUGCAGAGGGAGCUCAAGUGUGCACAGAAUGAGGUGCUUCGGCUUCAGCCUUCCCACAGUGCCACCCAGAGCGAGGAGCUGAGGACCAGACUCUGUGCCCUGCAGCAAAAGUAUGAUGCUAGCCAGCAGGAGCAGAACGAGCUCUUGAAGGUGCAGCUACAACUUCAGGCUGAGCUCCGGCAGCUCAAGGUUAUGAAACCCACGGUCGUAGAAAGCCAGAGUGAGAAGGAGUUACAGUGCCGGCUACAGAAGCUGCAGCUGCAGUACCAGAACAUCACGUGUGAGAAGGACGAGCUGCUGGCCGUGCAGCAGCAGCUGCAGGACAGCCUGUGCUGCCACGAGGCAGAGGUGCAGCACCUCAAGGACAUCGUGGCCUCCUUCCAAGAGAGCAGAGAGAAGGUAAAAGAAGCUUGAGGUGAGGGAGAAUGUAGCACGGCAGAGCCUCCCAUGAGAGGACAAGUCCACAGGAGGAGUGGGGUGGUGGAGUUCUGUGGAGGAGCUGUCGAUGAGGGAGAUAGAAAAGUGCUUCAUGGGGCUUCCCUGGUGGCGCGGUGGUUGAGAGUCCGCCUGCCGAUGCAGGGGACGUGGGUUC